CUCUUUUUUAUGGGAAUGAAGUAUUUCAGUGUUAUAUUAUUUACAUGUGCCUUUCUGUCUUUGCGCAUAAUAGGCUCGAAAGGUUCCUGUGGAUUUGAGUCAUGUCCGGCACUAAGGCAUGAUAUGCUCAAUGUGCAUUUAAUUGCACACUCACAUCAAGAUGUAGGAUGGCUAAACCUCUUUGAUCAAUAUUAUUAUGGAACUGAAAAUUAGAUAAAACAAGGAAAUGUUAGACGUAUUUUUGAUACAGUGACUCAAGAACUCCUAAGAAAUUCAAAUCGUCGUUUUUUACUGGUUGAAACAUCGUUUUUUUCCAAAUGGUUUAAUGAGUAAACAGAGAUUUUAAAAUUAGCAGUAAAAAGGUUGGUUGAGAAUGGACAAUUAGAAUUUGCAGGCGGCGGUUGGAGUAUGAACGAUGAAGCAACGACUCACUAUCAAAGUAUUAUCGAUCAAUUUAGCGUGGGUUUGCAGUUUAUCAAAGAUACAUUUGGUACCUGUGGCCGUCCCAAUAUUGGUUGGCAAAUCGAUCCAUUUGGGCAUUCGCGAGAAAUGGCUUCGAUAUUCGCACAAAUGGGAUAUAGUGGCGAAUUUUUCGCCCGCAUCGAUUAUAUAGACAAGAGGAAACGAAUGGAAGACUUAAGCAUGGAAAUGAUAUGGCAAUCUAGUGAAUCGCUUAGCAACUCGGAUUUCUUUGCUGGAUCACUUUAUGGCCAUUAUUCAGCUCCGGGUGGUUAUUGCUUCGACGUCUAUUACGGGGAUGAUCCAAUUAUCGAUGGGGAUAGUUUCGAUAACAAUGUUGGAUCCAGAGUUAAUGAUUUUCUAAGCCAUGUAACAACAGUGUCAAAGGCGUAUAGGACCGAUCACGUUAUGGUUCCCAUGGGUGAUGAUUUUCAGUAUGAGAAUGCAGAAGUCAAUUUUAAGAACAUGGACAAACUUAUCAAAUACAAAAAUGCCCGUCAAACCGAAGGGUCUCUUGUCAAUAUUUUCUACUCAACGCCGGGAUGUUAUCUGAAGGCCCUUCAUCAGCUUGAACAAACGUGGCCCAAUAAAACCGAGGACUUCUUUCCAUAUUCUAGCGGUUGUCAUGAACGGUAUUAGAGCAAAUAUUGAACAGACUUUUGCCAUCUAUCAAGGAUAUUGUGGAAACAACCGUGAAACAAAAAAUCAGUCCUCGGGAGCUUACGUUUUUCGGUCAGAUGGGGACAUAAAAGAGUUGAGCGAUACGAUCAAUUUGACAGUUUAUAAUGGCGACAGAGUUCAGGAAGUACAUCAACAUGUGAACGAAUGGAUUUCGCAAGUAAUCCGUUUAUAUGAUGGUGUUAAUCGUGUGGAGUUCGAGUGGCUGGUUGGAUCCAUUCCAGUAGAUGAUGAUACUAGCAAAGAGAUAGUAACUCGCUUUAAAAGUGACAUCUCAUCGAAUGGAGUAUUUUACACUGAUUCGAACGGUCGAGAAAUGCUUAAAAGAAAGCGAAACAAACGCGAAAAUGUUGAUCCCGAUUUGACAGAAGAAAUAAGUGCUAACUAUUAUCCAGUGACGACUAGAAUUUCACUUCAAGAUGAGAAGAAACGCAUGACUCUGCUCAAUGAUCGUGCUCAAGGUGGUUCAAGUCAAGAAGAUGGAGUACUGGAACUGAUGAUCCAUCGCCGCUUAUUAUCGGAUGAUAAUUUUGGAGUCGCAGAAGCUCUUAACGAACAGCAAUUUGGUACAGGUUUGGUGGCACGUGGAAAAGUUUUUCUACACAGGACACAGGAGGAAAUUCAUCUACCAUU